GCCGAUCGCAGCGGUAGAGACGAAGACGACAAAGGUGAAGACGACGACGAGGACGGGGUGGAGGGAGGAUGGCGUGCUAGAGACUCACGGGACGCGACGCGCCCCGCCUCCCCGGUUGGGCUCCCUUCUCGGCGGCGAGGGGAUGACGUAGCCUUGUCAAAGACUUAGAAGCUAAGCAGAAAAUGAGCUUAACAUCUUGGUUUUUGGUGAGCAGUGGAGGCACCCGCCAUAGGCUGCCACGAGAAAUGAUUUUUGUUGGGAGAGAUGACUGUGAGCUCAUGCUGCAGUCUCGUAGCGUGGAUAAACAACAUGCUGUAAUCAAUUAUGAUGCCUCUGCAGACGAGCACUUGGUGAAAGAUUUAGGCAGCCUCAAUGGGACUUUUGUGAAUGAUGUAAGGAUUCCAGAGCAAACUUAUAUCACCUUGAAACUUGAAGAUAAGCUGAGAUUCGGAUAUGAUACAAAUCUUUUUACUGUAGUACGAGGAGAAAUGAGAGUCCCUGAAGAAGCUCUAAAGCAUGAGAAGUUUACCAUUCAGCUCCAGUUGUCCCAGAAAUCUUCAGAAUCAGAAUUGUCAAAAUCUGCAUGUGCCAAAAGUGUAUCUUCAAAAGUAGCUGAUACUGCAGUAGAGGUGCAGCACAAAGUCACAGAAGCACCAAAAUCUGAGGAAAAACCUGUGGAUAUUUCUGCAAUGCCCCGGGGCACUCCAUUGUAUGGGCAGCCAUCAUGGUGGGGAGAUGGUGAGCUGGAUGAACAAAAAGCUUGCAAGUCAAAUGGCAAAACUGAAGAAAACAAUCAUGGAACAGGCACAUCAGGGUGCAGCGUAGAUGCCAAGCAAGCUGAGGAACAGUCGGCAGCUGCAAGUGAAGAAGUACUUUUUCCUUUCUGUAGGGAACCAAGUUAUUUUGAAAUCCCUACAAAAGAAUUUCAGCAACCAUCACAAUUAAUAGAGAGCACUAUUCACGAAAUCCCAACAAAAGACACAUCAAGUUCCCAUACAACAGGUGCAGGGCAUGCUUCAUUUACCAUUGAAUUUGAUGACAGUACCCCAGGGAAAGUAACUAUUAGAGACCAUGUGACAAAAUUCACUUCUGAUCAGCGACACAAAUCAAAGAAGUCUUCUCCUGGAACUCAGGACUUACUAGGCAUCCAGACAGGAAUGAUGGCACCAGAAAACAAAGUUGCUGACUGGCUAGCACAGAACAACCCUCCUCAGAUGGUUUGGGAAAGAGCAGAAGAGGAUUCCAAAAGUAUUAAAAGUGAUGUUCCAGUUUACUUGAAAAGGUUGAAAGGAAAUAAACACGACGAUGGAACACAAAGUGAUUCAGAAAAUGCUGGGGCUCACAGGCGCUGUAGCAAACGUGCAACCCUUGAAGAACACUUGAGGCGCCACCAUUCAGAACAGAAAAAGCUACACAAGGCCCAGGCUGCUGAAAAGCACCAAGAUCAAGCUAUUACUAGCUCUGCGCAUCACAGAGGGGGGAAUGGUGUUCCACAUGGGAAAUUGUUAAAACAGAAAUCAGAGGAGCCAUCGGUGUCAAUUCCCUUUCUACAAACUGCAUUGUUAAGAAGUUCAGGGAGUCUUGGGCACAGACCAAGCCAGGAGAUGGAUAAAAUGUUAAAAAACCAAGCAACUUCUGCUGCUUCUGAAAAGGAUAAUGAUGAUGACCAAAGUGACAAGGGUACUUAUACCAUUGAGUUAGAGAAUCCCAACAGUGAGGAAGUGGAAGCAAGAAAAAUGAUUGACAAGGUGUUUGGAGUAGAUGACAAUCAGGAUUAUAGUAGGCCUAUUAUCAAUGAAAAACAUAAAGAUAUGAUAAAAGAUUGGGCUUUCAAUUCUGCUGCAGUAGUAAUGGAUGAAAGAAAACCAGUGAGUACAUCUGGAUUUCACAGCUCAGAGGAAGGAACAUCUUCAUCUGGAAGCAAACGUUGGGUUUCACAAUGGGCUAGUUUGGCUGCUAAUCAUACAAGGCAUGAUCCAGAAGAUAGGCUAAUGGAACUGUCUGCACCUGCUCCUUUAGAGAAUGAUAUAGAUAUCAGUGAAUCUGGCAUUUCAGUGAGAACUACAGGUUCUGGAACUUCUCUGGCUAGUCAGGGAGAGAGAAGGAGACGUACCCUCCCCCAGCUUCCAAGUGAAGAAAAAUCUCUUGACAGCUCCAGAACAAAGGCUGUAACACAGAGGUCUGAAAUAGGGGAAAAACAAGACACAGAACUUCAGGAAAAAGAAACACCUACACAGGUGUACCAGAAAGAUAAACAAGAUGCUGACAGAGCCCUGAAUAAAAUGAACAGGGCUAUAAAUGGGGAGACUCUUAAAGCUGGCGGCGACAAACCCCUGCUUCACUUAGGCAAUUCUUCUGGGAAGGAGAAAAGUGAAACUGACAAGGAAAUUUCUUUGGUAAAGCAAACAUUAGCUAAAAUCCAACAAGAACAAAAGGAACAGGGACAGUGGACACCCACUAAAUUAUCUUCCGCAAAAAAUGUUUCUAGUCAGAUAGAUAGAUGUAGGGAGGAAUCCUUUAAACAAGAGUCACAACCUCAAGAAAAAGUUGUAGGGAAUUCUGCAAGCAAAGGAGAAAGAGUGACACAAAAUGAAGGCAAGCGAAGAAAAGCUGAAGAAAUUCUGAAAAGUCAGACCUCCAAGGGAGGAGAUAAGAAAGAAUCUUCAAAAUCAUUAGUGCGACAAGGAAGCUUCACCAUAGAAAAACCUACCCCAAACAUACCCAUAGAACUUAUUCCUCAUAUAAAUAAACAGACUUCAUCAACACCCCCUUCUUUAGUGUUAGCAUCUGCCAGUAGAAUACGGGAAAGAAGUGAUUCUAUGGAUACUGAUUCUAGUAUGGACACUACCCUCAUUCUAAAAGACACAGAGGCAGUUAUGGCUUUUCUAGAAGCUAAAUUGCGUGAAGAUAAUAAAACUGAUGAAGGACCAGAUACUCCCAGCUAUAAUAGAGACAACUCUAUUUCACCAGAAUCUGAUGUGGACACAGCCAGUACAAUUAGUCUGGUCACUGGAGAAACUGAAAGAAGAUCAACCCAAAAGCGAAAGAGUUUCACUAGUCUCUAUAAAGACAGGUGUUCCACAGGUUCUCCUUCCAAAGAUGUCACAAAAUCAUCAUCUUCAGGUGCUAGGGAUAAAGUUGAAAAGAAAACAAAAAGUCGUUCCACUGAUGUAGGUUCAAGAGCAGAUGGUCGCAAAUUUGUACAAUCUGGUGGAAGAAUAAGACAGCCUUCUGUAGACUUAACAGAUGAUGACCAAACCUCAAGUGUACCUCAUUCUGCUAUCUCGGAUAUUAUGUCAUCUGAUCAGGAAACAUACUCUUGUAAAUCUCAUGGAAGGACUCCACUUACCUCAACAGAUGAGCAUGCACAUGCUAAACUGGAAGGAAGUAAAGUAUCUAAAUCAAAAACUUCUCUUGUAGUACCUGGUUCAUCCAGUAAGUCAACCACUCUUCCAAGGCCGAGACCUACCAGGACUUCCCUCUUGCGCAGAGCAAGACUUGGUGAAGCUUCAGACAGUGAACUUGCUGAUGCUGACAAAGCAUCUGUUGCUUCUGAAGUAUCUACAACAAGUUCCACAUCAAAACCUCCCACUGGAAGGCGUAACAUCUCUAGAAUUGACUUAUUGGCUCAGCCUCGUAGAACAAGGCUUGGCUCAUUAUCAGCUCGAAGUGACUCUGAGGCAACAAUCUCUAGAAGUAGUGCCUCUUCAAGGACAGCAGAAGCCAUUAUUAGAAGUGGAGCCAGAUUAGUACCUUCAGAUAAAUUUUCUCCUAGAAUUAGAGCUAACAGUAUUUCUCGACUAUCAGACUCCAAGGUCAAAAGUAUGACCUCAACACAUGGCUCUCCAGUAAAUUCAAGAUGGAGGCGCUUUCCUACUGAUUAUGCUUCCACCUCAGAAGAUGAAUUUGGAUCAAACCGUAAUUCCCCUAAACAUACCCGUCUACGUACUUCUCCAGCCCUGAAAACGACUCGACUGCAGAGCUCUGGGUCAGCAAUGCCUACUAGUUCUUCAUUCAAGCACCGAAUAAAAGAGCAGGAAGACUACAUCCGAGAUUGGACUGCUCAUCGAGAAGAGAUAGCCAGGAUCAGCCAAGAUCUUGCACUCAUUGCUCGGGAAAUCAACGAUGUAGCAGGAGAGAUAGAUUCAGUGACUUCAUCAGGCACUGCCCCUAGUACCACAGUAAGCACUGCUGCCACCACCCCUGGCUCUGCCAUAGACACUAGAGAAGAGGUAGGAGAUCUUCAUGGAGAAAUGCAUAAGUUGGUUGAUCGUGUUUUUGAUGAAAGCCUCAACUUCCGAAAAAUCCCUCCACUAGUUCAUCCUAAAACACCUGAGGGAAACAACUGUCGGUCUGGUGAUCCAAGACCUCAAGCCACAGAGCCUCCUGAUCAGUUAACAAUUACAAGAAGGAGAACCUGGAGCAGGGAUGAAGUCAUGGGAGAUAAUCUGCUGCUGUCAUCUGUAUUUCAGUUCUCUAAGAAGAUAAGACAGUCUAUAGAUAAAACAGCUGGAAAGAUCAGAAUAUUAUUUAAAGACAAAGAUCGGAAUUGGGAUGAAAUAGAAAGCAAGUUAAGAGCUGAAAGUGAAGUACCUAUUGUGAAAACCUCAAGCAUGGAGAUUUCUUCCAUCUUACAGGAACUAAAAAGAGUUGAAAAGCAGCUACAAGCGAUAAACACUAUGAUUGACCCAGAUGGAACUUUGGAGGCUUUGAACAACAUGGGAUUUCCCAGUGCCAUCUUGCCAUCUCCACCGAAACAGAAGUCCAGUCCUGUGAAUAACCACAGCAGCCCGGGUCAGACACCAACACUUUGCCAACCAGAAGCUAGGGUUCUUCAUCCUGCUGCUACCUCAGUCUCAGCUGAAUUUGAGAAUACUGAAUCUGAGGCUGAUUUCAGUAUACAUUUCAAUAGAUUCAACCCUGAUGGGGAAGAGGAAGAUGUUACAGUACAUGAAUGACUUUCUCUUGAUGGUUAAAAAAUAAUUACCUGUGGAAUGACUAGGAAUACUGGAAGCAGCAUACUAUUGACUUAAACAAAACAAAACAGCUUGGUCUACUACAAACUUUGUUAUCUCUGUCUCCUUAAUUUAUUUGUAACCUACAGUGUGGUAUCAUAUUAAUCUUUUAAACCAUUUAGAUAACCACUUGAUGCACAUAUAGGAAAAAGCAGAUUGUGGCAGUGUCACUUUUUGUGUUUUUAAGAUUUUCAAAUUGAAUUCAGUAAUUGUAUCCUUUCCCUUCAUAGAUUUUUGUUCUUUUUUUUUUCUUUAAGCCAUGCUGUGACCUACAAGCAAACUAAAUAUCCAACAUUUCUGACCCACAUGUCUCCUGUUUCAAGCUGCUCCCUGAAACGGACUUCUUCAUCUGUAUAGAUUUGUUAAACACUUAUAUUUGCUUCUAAUAAUAGGAUUUAUACUAGUGUUCAUUACCAUUGGAUACAAUGACAUAUUACUCUCCACAGUCAAACUGACUUUUGGAAACAGUCAUUCUUGUGUCCUAAGUUUUUCCAACAUAUAUGUGAUUUAUAUAACUUCAUUGCUACAUAAAUUGUCUUGGGAUUUAUGGAGAUGAGCUAUUAUGUUUGCACUAAGAUUUGCUGGCAGUGGUAUGUGGACAUAUCUAUAUAUCAAUAAGAACUAACCCAUCUUUUUUGUACAUAGACUAAUAAUACUGUAUUUUGUUUUAACCCCUCAGUGUUUUACUCCACUUUCAAGAAGAUCAAUUUGGCACUUUUUUCAGUUUUUUUUUUUUUAAUAAAAGUAAGAUUUUUUUUUCUUCUCAUUUUAGCACAAAUGAUAACUAGCAAGAUUAAACUAGCCAGGUAGUUUAGGUGGAGUAUAUUUUUAAAACUUAAGAACCUGUUUAUUGGUCCUGUGUUACCAAGUUUAUAUGUGACGGUUGGAAAAAAAAAAUUUCCCUGAAAUAAUCAUGAAGUUAAUUUUUUUUUCAUUAGGAGACCUGGAGAACCAGUAGUUAUAAGAUUAGUUGAUAGUUUCACUCCCUGGCGAUGAAUUGCUUCUAUGUGUUUCCCUGUAGGACCCAAUAAAUAGUAAGUAAAUCCUGUCUAAGUCUCACACACUCGUAAGGACCCUGCAGGACAACAGCAACAAUGGCUUCGGGCCUAUGUUACUAAAAAGGAAGCCUGUGAAAAAUACCUUCUAUAAACUUGUUUAUUUCUCUCUCCAGUAAGUUCACAUUUUAAAAAGAAAGUAAUUAUCUUUGUGUUUCCAGAACACUAUAAUUUGGGUGAAACUUAAUUCAGUUGAAAGUAGUCUAUUAGUGAACUUCGAUUUUCCCCCUUGACCCCAUGAAUCUAUAAAGGUAAAAUCUCCCAAGUUUUAUGAAAUGGUCUUUAACAUUUCAGCAAUAAUCCUGUGCUACAUUUGUUUUAAGAAACAAACUAAAUCUAUACACUGCAAAAAUUUACAGGAGUUUUAAAAUCCUGUACUGUUGGGCCAGUUAAUAAAGGUGGGAAAAAUUUUUUUUUGUAGAGAUAUAAAAACAAGAGCUUGUUUUAUAAUGGAUCUUGUAUUUUUUUUUUCUUUAAAUUAUAAAAAGAACUAUUCUCCUUGUAAAGCUAAAUUUCUCAUUCUAAUAAAGGAAGAUUUUUUAAAAGGUUUUAAAUAACAUGAAUGGAAAGGAAAAGUGCUUUAAAGGAGUAAAAGAAACAUUAAAACAGGGUCAAUCCAUUUGAAGGAAAAGUUGAGCAAAGUAAUCACCACUGUUCCCUCUUUUAUUUAAUGUAUGGGUACUGAUUAUAUCCACAUGGAAGUAGCAGGUAAGAAGUUGCAUAGGAAAUUAUUUGUAUCUACUCUUAUUUACAUUAUUGUUUAAUUGUUUACACAGUUUUGUUCAAUUAUAAACAUUUGGCCUUUUACUAUGUUAUUUUUAUUUUAUAUGAAUACAUUAUUCUUCUUAUUUAUUUUUGUUACAUUUAUUACUUAUGUUAUUUUGUUAUGCAUUUACAACUCCAUUUUUAAAUAAAGUGUUUCUGGAACUUUAUAAAA